GAGCAAUUCAGGUGUUUCAACUUUUCAGUGCUUCAAGCUGAGCUCCCCGCUGUCGGGGCUGGGCUCCCUCCGCGGAGCCACCCUCGGCCGACGCCCCCGGGGCAGCGGCCCAGGGACCGAGGCCCCCUGAAGCCAGAGUCAAGAUGGGUAAAGGUGAUCCCAAGAAACCAAAGGGCAAGAUGUCUGCUUAUGCCUUCUUUGUGCAGACGUGCAGAGAGGAACAUAAGAAGAAAAACCCCGAGGUCCCUGUCAAUUUUGCAGAAUUUUCCAAGAAAUGCUCCGAGAGGUGGAAGACAAUGUCUGGGAAAGAGAAGUCUAAAUUUGAUGAAAUGGCAAAGGCAGAUAAAGUGCGCUAUGAUCGGGAAAUGAAGGAUUACGGACCAGCUAAGGGAGGCAAGAAGAAGAAGGACCCGAAUGCACCCAAGAGGCCACCGUCUGGAUUUUUCCUGUUCUGUUCUGAAUUCCGCCCCAAGAUCAAAUCUACAAACCCUGGCAUCUCUAUCGGAGAUGUGGCAAAGAAGCUGGGCGAGAUGUGGAAUAACUUAAGUGACAGCGAGAAGCAGCCAUACAUCAACAAGGCAGCAAAGCUGAAGGAGAAAUACGAGAAGGAUGUCGCAGACUAUAAGUCUAAAGGGAAGUUUGAUGGUGCCAAGGGCCCUGCUAAAGUUGCCCGGAAAAAGGUGGAAGAGGAAGAUGAAGAGGAUGAGGACGAAGACGAGGACGAGGAGGAGGACGAGGAGGAUGAAUAAAAGGAACUGUUGGCCUGUCUCCUUGUGAAUUACCUUAGCGUAGUGGGCACGGGGAUGGCCACAGCUCUCGCCUGGGGUGUGCCUGUUGCCUCCAUUAGGUUGAAUUACCCAGUUGGAUCAUGAUCAUAUGGUAGUCUCUCAGAGUGCUCUAGCAAUCGUCAGUGGUUUACGUGUCUGGAGCACCCGGAAACUGUAUCAAAGUUGUACAUAUUUCCAAACAUUUUUAAAAUGAAAAGGCUCUCGUGUUCUCCUCACUCUGUGCACUUUGCUGUUGGUGUGACAAGGCAUUUAAAGAUGUUUCUGGCAUUUUCUUUCUUUUUUUUUAAUUUGUGAGGUGGUGUGUUAACUCUAUGGUCAUUGGCUAGGAAUCCCGAGUUCUCAACUGUACAUAUCUAUAGUUUGUAAAAAGAACAAAGCAACCGAGACACACUCUUGACGCUCCUUGCUUGGCGUGGAGGCUGUAGGAGCGAUGCCUUCCGGAGGGGCCGUAGCUCAGGGCGUGCACUGUGGGGCUGGACCUGUGGACACUGCAGUGGGCAUCCAUUUAGCUUCAGGUUGUCUUGUUUCUGUAUAUAGAGACAUAGCAUCCCGCUGCCAUUCUUAGCUGUGGAAAAGGGGGGGGUCAGCUGGCAUGAGAAGUGUUUUGGAUCCUUUUUAGUUGAAGUGCAGUAGUUUUAAACUGUUUGUUUUUUAAACAAACCAUAGAACUCUUCAUUGUCAGCAAAGCCAAGAGCCACUGCAUUGAUGAAAGUUCAAGAACGUUCUGUACUAAACACGAUCUGCAAUGUUCUGUUAUUUUUUUUUUUGUAUGUUUAGAGUGCUGAAAUGUUUUUGAAGUUAAAUAAACAGUAUUACAUUUCUAAAAUCGUGCUCUAUGAUAGUCUAAAUGUCUGACUCACAGCAGUCCUAGCAGGAGGACAACCUACUCCAUGGUAUCUGGUGACUAGCCUCCUGGUGAAUCUGGUAAAUGACGGACCUACUGUGGCCAGCCUCCUGAGGAUGGAGAUUGGAAGAGGGCUACUUGAAGCCGCUGCAUGAUUUUGUUCGUGUCUGAGAGGCAUUAAGAUGCACAUAUAUACAAUGGAAUAUUGCUCAGCCAUAAAAAGAAACGAAAUGGAGCUAUUUGUAAUGAGGUGGAUAGACCUAGAGUCUGUCAUACAGAGUGAAGUAAGUCAGAAAGAGAAAGACAAAUACCGUAUGCUAACACAUAUAUGGAAUUUAAGAAAAAAAAAUGGUCAUGAAGAACCUAGGGGU